GGCUGUUUCCGUGCAAAGGAAGGAAGAGGAGCGAGAGACCCACGCCCGGGCCUCCUCCGGCUUCAACCCCAGAUACAGAAACCAUUUGUGGUCUUUGCGAGGAAAACUUUCCUUUUGGGGGGAAAAAGAGAGUGGAAUAACUUGCAGGGAUCCAUCCUGCAGCCCCAGAAAUGGUCCCGUGAAGGAAAAGGCAUCUGGAGACCCACCAAAGUCCUUGGACCCAUCUGGAGUUGCUCUGCAGGACAGAGAAAGGAUGGAGACACAACCUUUUGACAAGGAGGGAAGCGGAAAAGGCCCUUCGGCUUCUCAGCCUGGGAAAGGAAGGAAGCUCUGGAGAGAAACAGGGCGAAAGAUCCUGGAGGAGGAAACCAUCCGCCCUUCCAAAGUUCAGCCCUGGAAUUUCAUCCAAUGCCAGGAGGCUGAAGGUCCCCGACGACUUUGCAACCGACUGCAUGACUUUAGUAGGCAAUGGCUGAGACCAGAAAAGCACACCAAAGCCCAGAUGCUGGACCUGGUGGUCCUGGAGCAGCUCCUGUUCCUUCUGCCCCCAGAGAUGGAGAGCUGGGUGCGGGAGUGUGGAGCAGAGACCAGCUCCCAGGCGGUGGCCCUGGCUGAAGGUUUCCUCCUGAGCCAGGCAGAGGAGCAGAAGGAGCAGGUCGAGUUCCAGAUCAGAGAUCCUGAAGGAAAGAAGAAUCCAUCAACCCCCCCUCAGAAGCUAUUUUUCAGGAGGAUCCCUUGGGAAGAUCAAAGUUGGGACCCCCUAGGAGAGAAACAAAGAAUGAAGAUUUCUGUUUUUUACGAUGGAGCUCAAACAGCAGUUGAACCUCCAAAUCAAGGGAGUCUGGUGUCCUUCGAGGAGGUGGCUGUUUAUUUCUCUGAGGAGGAAUGGUCUCAGCUGGAUCCUGACCAGAAAGCGCUGCAUUCUGAAGUCAUGCUUGAAAACCAUAGGAACGUAGUCUCUCUGGGGAAUAAUGGGGAGGAGAAUCAACAUUCCUGUGAAUUGUUCCAAGUGAUCAAUGCUAAUGAUGGAAUGGAAAAAUUUGGAAUUCGAAUGGAAUUAGAAAGCGAUGGGAGAAACCAGUCAAAUAAUUGGAAUCAGGAAAGGUCGUCUUCCACUGAUUAUCUGAUGCAAGAUUUUCUUCCCCAACAAGAGAAAAUAAGGAAGAAAUAUAUUGGCAAAAGUAUGAAGUUAAUCAAAGAUAAAUUACAUGUAAACAAAUGCUAUUUAACCCCCCAAAAAGGAGAAGAUGCUAUAAGGCACAAUGGAAAAAAUUACCAUGGGAAAUUCAUUCCUUCUCUUGGAAAUAACUUCCUUACAUCUCAAAAAGUGAUUCACACAAAAGAGGAGCCUUAUAUAUGUUUGGAAUCUAGAAAAGAUUUUAGAAGAAGCAGGCAACGUAUUUCCCAUGAAAGAAGUCACACUGGGGAGAAACGGUGUUCAGAAGCACCUGUAGCCCACGAAGCCCAGUCCCUCCAAGCAGCAGGAGAGAAACCCUAUAAAAGAAUGGAGUGUGGAAAGACCCUUACUCAUAGCAAUGAAGUUACUAUCCACAAAAAGAGGAACAUGGGAGACAAACCAUAUAAAUGCAUGGAGUGUGGAAAAACUUUUACUCGUAGCAGGGAAUUUAAUAUCCACAAACAGAUCCAUACAGGAGAGAAACCAUAUAAAUGUAUGGUGUGUGGAAAGACCUUUGCUCAGAACAGUGGACUUACUAUACACAAAAAGAUCCACACAGGAGAAAAACCAUUUAAAUGCAUGGAGUGUGGGAAAACCUUUACUCAAAAAGGUAAUCUUGUUUCCCAUCAGGUGAUCCACACAGGGGAGAAACCAUACAAAUGCAUAGAGUGUGGAGAAACCUUUACUCAAAAAAGUAGUCUUGUUUCCCAUCAGGUGAUCCACACAGGAGAGAAGCUGUAUAAAUGCAUGGAGUGUGGAAAGACUUUUGCUCAUAGACGUAAUCUUAUUUCCCAUAAGGUGAUCCACACAGGGGAGAAGCCACAUAAAUGCUUGGAGUGUGGAAAGACCUUUGCUCAACAUUGUUAUCUUAUUUCUCAUAAAAUGAUCCACACAGGGGAGAAGCCGUAUAAAUGCAUGGAGUGUGGGAAGGGCUUUGCUCUGAGCAAUAGACUUAAUAUACACAAAAAGAUUCACACAGGGGAGAAGCCAUUUAAAUGCAUGGAGUGUGGAAAGAUCUUUGCUCAAAGAGGUCAUCUUAUUUCCCAUAAGAUGAUCCACACAGGGGAGAAACCAUAUAAAUGUAUGGAGUGUGGAAAAGCCUUUACUCAAAAAAGUAGCCUUAUUUCCCAUCAGGUAAUCCACACAGGGGAGAAACCAUAUAAAUGCAUGGAGUGUGGAAAGGCCUUUGCUAAGAGCAAUAAUUUAAGACUACACACAAGGAUCCACACAGGGGAGAAGCCAUUUAAAUGCAUGGAGUGUGGAAAAACUUUUACUCAAAAAAAUAGCCUUAUUUCCCAUCAGGUAAUCCACACAGGGGAGAAACCAUAUAAAUGCAUGGAGUGUGGAAAGACCUUUGCUAAUAGCUAUAACCUAAGAAUACACACAAGGAUCCACAUAGCGGAGAAGCCCUUUAAAUGCAUGGAGUGUGGAAAAACCUUUACUCAAAAAAGUAGUCUUAUUUCCCAUCAGGUGAUCCACACAGGAGAAAAGCCAUUUAAAUGCUUGGAGUGUGGAAAGACUUUUGCUCAAAGAUGUCAUCUUAUUUCCCAUAAGGUGAUCCACACAGGGGAGAAGCCCUUUAAAUGCAUGGAGUGUGGAAAAACCUUUACUCAAAAAAGGUGUCUUAUUUCCCAUCAGGUAAUCCACACAGGGGAGAAACCCUAUAAAUGCAUGGAGUGUGGAAAGACCUUUGCUAAUAGCAAUAACCUAAGAAUACACAAAAAGAUCCACACAGGCGAAAAGCCAUUAAAAUGCAUGGAGUGUGGAAAAACCUUUACUCAAAAAAGGAGUCUUAUUUCCCAUCAGGUGAUCCAUACAGGAGAGAAACCAUAUAAAUGUAUGGUGUGUGGAAAGACCUUUGCUCAUAGCAGUGGACGUACUAUACACAAAAAGAUCCACACAGGAGAAAAACCAUUUAAAUGCAUAGAGUGUUGAAAGACCUUUGCUCAUAGAGGUAAUCUUAUUUUCCAUCAGGUGAUCCACCCAGGGGAGAAACCAUAUAAAUUGUAUUGUAUUGUAUUACAUGCAUGGAGCUUAUUGAAAAAAGGAGUCUUAUUUCCCAUCAGGUAUUCCACAUGGGGGGAACCAUAUAAAUGCAUGGAGUGUGGAAAGACUUGUACAUUGUGUUGAUCUCAGUAACCACAAAAAGAACCACACGGGAAAAUCCAUUUAAAUACAUGGAGUGUGGAAAGACAUUUGCUCGAACAGAUAAUCUUAUUUGCCAUGAGAUAAUCUUAUUUGCCAUAAGACGAUCCACUCAAAAGAGAAACCAUAUAGAUGUAUGGAGUGGAAAGACCUUUGCUUUUGAGCAGUAGACUUACUACCCACAAAAAGAUCCACACUGGGGAAAAGCCAUUUAAAUGGAUGGAAUGUGAAAACAGCUUUGCUCAAAGAAGUAAUCUUAUUUCCCAUAAGACGAUCCACUCAGAAGGGAAACCAUUUAAUGAAUGCAGUGGAAAGACCUUUGCACACAGUGAUAAUCUUUUUUUAAAAAAAAAUAUAUAUUUUUGAACAAAGACAAACAUAAAAAAACACA